ACUGUGCCGCAGCGUUGCAUCCUCGUAUGCUACGGCACACGCACAGCCUUUCGUGACUGCAACUGAACCUGUAGUCAGCCAUUUGCUCUAUUUAAAGUGGAAAUUUGUUCUUCGUUGAAGACAAAUCCAUUUGAUAUUUCGACAAAAUGGUUCAGAGAUUGACUUAUAGAAGGCGGCUAUGUUACAAUACUCAGUCAAACAGGGUAAAAAUAUCUAAAACUCCUGGUGGACGGCUUGUGUAUUUGUAUCCUGGUAAGCCUGGUAAAGUUCCCAGAUGUGGUGACUGCCAUUUGAGACUUCGCGGGAUUACACAUGCAAGACCGAGAGAAUUAUCAGCUUUAUCCAAGAGACAUAAAACUAUUACACGAACAUACGGAGGAUCCAGAUGUGGAAAAUGUGUGAGGAGCAGGAUUAUUAGAGCGUUUUUAAUUGAAGAACAGAAAAUAGUGGCAAAAGUAUUGAAAGCUCAACAGAUUACAUCCAAACCUACCAAGUAAUUUGUAUUCCAGAAGAAAUAAUAAAAUGUUUAAAAGAUA